AUGUCACGGAAGGUGAACUCGGAUCUUUAUCAGCGCCUCUCUGGCAUAAGGGGAAGAAUCAACGAUCCAGCAAAUGCAAACCAGCCAACACUCUCUGAAAAGCUUCAGGGAGGCUUGGACCUGUUCUUUCACUACACUUACCUGUCAGAAGUCAUUCUUGCCAUGGAAACCCUCCGUAAAAGCAGUGAAGUUUCAUGGGAAUGUUGUAUGGAUAUCUGCAAUAUGGGAGGCAUAGAUCAAUUCACUCAGCUUCUGAGUAGCUGCAACAGAUCUGAGCCUCACUUUGAUAUUGUUCAGAGGAGCAUUGCUGUGCUCUGCAACAUCAGCAGAUGUCCUCAGACUCGUCAUUUUAUUUGGCAUAAUCGAAGUCUGAUUGAAGUGAUGCUUGCACAAGGUGAGCAUUUCUGGGUUGUGCACCCAGAUCUCAUGUCAGCAAUCUGCACCACAAUUCAAAACAGCUGCAAAAACAAUGGCAAAUCCCUUAUGUUUUUGCAGAACAACACAACUGUUGUUCAGCGCCUCAGAAUCGUCUAUAAGAAGUGGAAGAGGGAGAGGCAUUUCUUGGUGAAACUCUCAAGCAAAUCUGGUCUGAGAAAUUCAAACAUGGUGAAGUUGGAGAAAUUGAAUGCACUUGAAACUGUGCUGAUUCCUCUCCUGAGGGAUUUUGGUGAGGACCUAAUUGAGGAGAAGCCUGAUUGAGGGAAGGUCACCUGUCUGUGAUGUUGAUAAUGCUUCCUUUUCCUUGGAGAUGCCUCAUUGUAUACAAAGAGAAUGGUUAUUCCAUUUCAAGUUAUAUUGGUUAAUUUUUUUCAGUGCUUCAUAGACCCCUUUCAUUUAAUGCCUC